UCUUUCGAAGUAAGGUUAGAUCGCUGUUCACAGCAAGCAAGCGGAAAAUCGUGUAUUCUGUAUCGUAAGUGGAAAUAUUUUGCACUUGCACGUAGCCUCCAUUACGUGGUGUAUAUUCUACAAACUAUUAUUCGAAUAAUAUAACGAUUUGUUACGUAAAUUUCGCCGCAAAUUAUUCUCCGUAUAAUUGAAAAUAGAACACAACAAAGGCUUGGGCCGAGGUGACGUAAAUUGACAGUGGUGCAAUUCGCCAACUCCGUAAUUGGGAGGAUAUUCAUCAUCAACAGCAUCGCCAUCGUUUGUACAAUGACAGAAUUGAAUUUAAAUGUUGCUGCAUAACUUUAGCGUUCCGCGUAUUUUUCGCUGAUUACUUGAGAAUAUUAUUACUUGACAACAAUAAAUCAAAGACCACAAUGAGUUCUAGUAAAAGAGUGUCAUCGCAUGUACGAGUGAAACAAGAGAAAAUAAUUGAUGGGUUUGAAGUGCAAGAAGCAAGAAUAAAGCUUGGAGGCGUGCUGCAGACUUUAGUUGACAAGGCAGAUGACGUUGGUAAUAUAUCUGAAGAGGAAGGUGCCAAAGGCUCCCCAGAGCAGUCUGGCAGCAAGGAUUUACCAGGAUCUAAUAGUGCUAGUCCGAGCAAAAAAUCCGGCAAAAAUCCACGAAAGAGAAAAAAGAAAGAUGGUCUGGGAAUGGACUAUGACAAGUCCGCCGUUGAGACUACUCAAUUACAGCAUACUUACAUAAUGAAAUUAUUUGACCGCAGUGUUGAUUUAGCUCAGUUUGACAGCUCUACAUCACUAUACCCUAUAUGUCGAGAAUGGAUGCACAAUCAGCCACAAACCAGACUACCUCACAAGGGGGAAUCAUCACCGGAUAAUUUACCAGCCGAUGAUCAGAGUGAUGAUGAAGCCAAAUCGGUAUACCAUUUACCAUCUCCACAUAAAUCAGUAGAAGAUAAAGAUAUCCGUGUACCUUCACCAGUACCACAACCUGACGAAGAAUUUAAAAUGAAUUCGGAUGGAGUACAAGCACCUUCAGUAGAGACAUUACUCAGCAAUCACCUCGACAGAUGGAAAACGAUUCGUCACAAGUGGAAAGAUGCGUCUCAAGCUAACCAAGCAAGAUACUCUGAGAGUUACAGUGUCUUGAAGAAUAUGUAUGAUAGACAGUGAAUUUUGUAGAGGUAGAAUACUGUACUGGUAAAUAAUGCCAUUGAAGUACAUAAUUAUAUUGAAUAUUAUAUUACUUUGUAAAUGAGUAAUACCAGUAUAUUAAAAAUAUCUGUUUCAUUGCGGUAUGUAGAAAUCUAAAAAUAAUGAUUUAUUAUUUGUCUGUCAUGUGUAUGUCUAUUAUUAUCGAUGUGCCCGUCUGGUGCUUUUGAAAUACCAGUACUGUAACUUGGGUAUGAAUACUGCCCUCUAGUGUUCUUUUGUGUAUAUUAAAGCGACAAUAGCUGUAACUAUCAAUCUUUUUCUCUGAAUUUUUAUUUUUAAUAAAAUAUUUUUUGUGUCAUUA